AUGUGUGUUUUAUGUCUUCUUUGUGAUGGGUGUUUUAUGUCUUCUUUGUGAUGGGUGUUUUAUUAUAUCUUCUUUGUGAUGAUCAAAUGUUAAAAUCUCAAAGAGAGGAUGAUUUUUUAUGCUUAAUAUCUUUACAGCUUUCUUAGCAAUGUUUUGCUCAAUUAGGUGUUUGUGUGUUGUCUAUCAGUGUGUACCUAUAGCAGCAAUGUGACAGAAAAUACGAUCAAUGAAUAACGUAAUUAAAUCAGACUUUGUUUACACCAUUUUGUUUUUUUACCUUACAGCCUGCCAGCGUCUAGAAAUACAACACCCAACGUAAGCCCACGCUUGUGCUCAAUGGUCGACGCAAGAUCAAACCUUACAAAGUAUGUGGCCAAGUAGAGAUGAAUUGCCUUCUUAUUGCAUCCAUUUGUGGGUCCCAUUCUAGGAUAAUGCCUGACACCAACCACAACCUAUAAAAUCAAGAAUGCUAAUUAAUGAAAGACCUUGUAUAUUUAUAAACUGUUGUUAAGUUUUAAUAAGUGUUCCAUAGUACAGAUAAAAGCUGAAGUGGUCUUGGAUCCGGUUGAAAAGAUGUUGACAAUGUGAAAUCAAUAAAGCGCACUCUUCCUUGUCCACUAGUUACGUUGAGCCGACUACUCUUACACUGACUUUAGUUUGUAACACCUUUUUGUAUUUUCAGGUUGGAAAGUUUGUAAACACGGACAUUAAUCGACAUGGAGCUAUUUUCAUCAGAAGGCCGUCUGUUCUGGUCAUCAGAUCGGCCCGAGUCCAGGAAGUGCAAAGGAUAUGGGAUUAGGCUCGUGUUAUUGGAACAAGGCUGCUCUGUUUAUUUUGUAGAGCGGUAUUUCUAACAAGGAUACUCGGCUGAAAUUCUGUGUUUGUUUUAAGGAUUAAAAAAAAGAUCACAACAGCAAAUAUGUGAGGAAUUUUUUAAACCUAUUUAUAUUCUUAAGUAUGGAGUCUGUCACUGUGAUGGCGCCACCUUUCAGUCCAGCUUCGGCCAUGACCUUGGUGUACACCACGUCGUUAUUCCAAAGACAAGCCAUCUCAGCAUUGGUUCGCAACGGGAGCCUGGUCAACGAGUCAGGGGCCAGCACUGAGGCCACUGGACACAGAGAAACAAAGCCUUUUCAGUGGGGCAUGCUUGGCCUGACUCUGAUCAUCGUGUGCACAGCUGUGGGCAAUCUCUUGGUUUGCCUGGCCGUCUGCUGGGAGAAACGUCUGCAGAACAUGACCAAUUAUUUCUUAAUGUCGCUAGCCAUUGCAGACUUCUUGGUUUCUCUGCUGGUGAUGCCGCUGGGAAUGGUUGUAGAGAUAUUCGGUUACUUCCCUAUGAACCCAGAAAUUUGUGUGCUGUGGGUGGCCAGUGAUGUCUUGAUGUGUUCAGCCUCUAUCUGGCACAUGUGCACUAUGUCCAUGGACCGAUACUUCACACUGAACUACCCAAUGAGGUAUGGGAGGAACAAGACCAGGAGGAUGGUAGCUGGGAAAAUCCUCUUUGUCUGGAUCGUCUCUAUGGCCAUAUCUACACCGGUAUGCAUCCAUGGCUUCAUUGAUACCUCUAUUGUUUACAACGAGGGGAUGUGCGUUCCAGUCCUGCAGAACUUCCUCAUCUAUGGCUCCAUCUUUGCCUUCUACAUCCCUUUACUUAUCAUGCUAGUUACCUACGUUCUUACUAUCCGGAUACUCUGGAAAAAUCAGAAGAGAAUGAGAAACAUUGAUAGGUCGGAUCUAAAGCCAAGGUUGGCGCAACUGACCGCCCAGUGCACAGGCUUCGCCAUUCCAAAGCUAUUGACCAACUUGCGGAGGGCCAGCAGAUCGCCGUCCGUUUCACAAACGCCUUCCCCAACGCCAAAAUGUGACACCCGACUGCUGAGACCACAGCGAAAUGCUGGCGCCUGCGGUGGACAUAUCAACGCAACGUUGAGUGAUUCUGAUUUGAAGUCGUCUGCUAGGAGUACCAGCAGGGUUAAAGGAUCCAUGAACUAUUUAUCUCCUCCCACACCGAGACCCUGUCUUCCUAAGACGACGCCCAUGUCGGCUACUACGGACACGGAGGAUAGUGAGACAGAACCGAAUUACUUUAGCCUGUUGCAUUCCUUUCAUUCGUGUCGCUCGCUCUACACUCCAGUCAGUAUGUCCUCCGCAGAGAAGUCUUUAUUCAGACAUCUUCAGAAGAAGCAACUUUACCUUAACCAGCAGCAGAGUCUCAAGCUACAGCAACACCGCUCGCCCAAAACGGAAGACUCGUCUCCGUCUUCACCGGACACAUCAUCCGGUAACGGCAAACCAUUUACAGUACCACCAGGGAGCGGCAAACCAUUUACAGUACCGCCAGAGAGCGGCAAACCAUUUACAGUACCGCCAGAGAGCGGCAAACCAUUUACAGCAUCGCCAGAGAGCGGCAAACCAUUUACACCAUCUAGCGCAGCCGUAUGCUGCUCAUCACCGUUGGUAUCAGCAUCACAGCUCAAUACAUCUUCACCCACAUCGCCACUUUUUGAAGAAGCUCAAAACAUCCAUCAGCCCUUACCAUUAGCCAUCGCCAACCCAAAGCACUCCACCGCUAUCCCUCCCAUCACCCGAGCCACAGACAGUACAACCAAAGUGUCCGACACUCGACACAGCGAAGCGACGUUCUACAAAAAGACGCCGAAGAAGAAGCGCUACUCUAAAAGAUGUAAAAAGCGUCACGGAAGCCUGACGAGUGAACAAGGCAAGCCAAACAAUCUCUUAGAAGUGCCCGCUCUGUCUCUGAAUAGACGAGUACGUUCCAACAGACAGACGAAUGAUCUCCCAAACGUCUUGAGCUCUGCCAAGUCUGAUACUCAGGUCUCCCAGGCUGGCCGGGGCGUGGCUUCAGAGAUCGGUCUCGACAACAACGCGUCCUACUCUUUGUGUCAUAGCAAGAUGAGUAAAGAUUACAAGUCAGUGGAGUGGGACAGGAGAUAUUUUCAGAUUCAAGAAGAAAUGGAUUUGUGUUUAAAGGGUGAGUUCAGCAGAAAAGACAAGUCCGAGUCCAGCCAAGAUCUGAGUGUCAAUUCAUUUGAAAACAUCAAAGUAUCUCAUGAACACAGGCCACUCACUCAGCCGAAAUCUUCUCUUCCGGUCUAUAUGGCGGACCCGUUAAAUGCUCUAAACUCUUGUCCAUCUCAGUCCAGCCAUUCUGCGCCCAACUCUCCAUUGAACAGGAGAAUGUCCUUCUCUUUCUCUUCCGACUCCGAGUCAUCAGACCAGGAAGUAGAAAAUACGUCAGACAAAAACAAUGCCGACGAGGAUAACGACACGUCGAAUUCUUCUACCAACGACGACAUUAUCACCAUACGUCUUCAGCCACCCAGUCCUAAAGGUCAAGCUAACCUUAACUGUAAUGUUGAAAAUCAUCUGGAACAGUCCAAAUGCACCAACAAAGAUCUUUGCACUGUCACGCUGAGUUCUAAUACUUCCGAAUGUUACAUUGAAAUGAACCACUCCAAUCAUGGCAACGGCCAAGUCUCCGCCAACUACAACAGUUUUAAAACCACUAGUCAGGCCGUGAGCCAUUCUUUCGUUCCUUGCUCCAGCACUCAAAGUCUAUCGCCCGCCAGUUCACCGCUUCCAGAGCUGGUCAUUUCUAGCGAAGGCGAGAUGACGCUGGAAGAGACGGACGACACUCUGGACGGAAGCCCUAAAACCAACCGCAUUAAACUCCGACGCCCGACCCAGCCUCUUCACCACAAUAAAAACCGUUUCAAAAAGAAACACCAGACGGCGAAGUCCGAUCAGUUCGGAGACAAAUACAUAAAACCUCGUAAACGUUCGAGCUUCAAAAACACGUUUCGAAUUCAUCGUGGGAAAGGCAACUCCAAACAUGUCUUGUCCAAGAAAAUUGCAAGCAACGAGAAAAAAGCGUCCAAAGUUUUAGGCAUUAUAUUUUUAGUCUUCGUGACACUCUGGACUCCAUUUUUUACCGUGAACAUGCUGUCCGCCAUAUGCACCUCUUGCAUUGAGAACAUUACCCAGGAGAUGAUGUCCCUGUUUCUAUGGAUGGGCUACAUCGCCAGUUUGGCCAAUCCCAUUAUCUACACAAUGUUCAACACUGCCUUCAGGAGAACUUUCAUUCGUAUACUCACCUGCAAGAUUCAGCGGACGUGCUCCGCCAAGAACAGUGACAACCCUUACAUGAGUUACACCACCAUGUUGGCCAGCGAAAGAAGGAACACUAUGACUGUGGUGUUAAGAGACGAGUCCAGAUGAAACACUCAGACAGUGCCCUACUUUUUUCUGGACAUUCUUGAGAACCCAACGAGUUCAAUGGAUUUGGAUGACUAAUUUCUCUUCAUGGUUUUAGCUUGGAAUGAAAGUUAACAAAGGGAAUUAAGUAAAUGCGCCAUUUGUUUCGUUAGCAAAAAUUCCUUUGUGAGCUGCUCCAAUUGCAAGAGAUUUGAUGGCACUAAAAUUUCACUUUUUAAAAGUGUUACUCAAUCUGGCCACCUACAUCAAAAUGUAGACUAUUAGAAAUAUAAAAAAAAUUAUAGCUGUUCAGCUUAAUCCUCUAAUAGUUCUAGGGAGCUCUUCCGAUCCUUCAUCAGUUCUAGAACUUAAGAUGUUUGUUUCCCAAGUAGGCCUACAUCCGGGUACCUGAACGUUUUGAAAACAAGAUAAUUAAAGCCUCCUACAGCGCAAUGACCUGGUGAAUCUUGUGUUGGACUUUGUUUCUACAGACUUGUUGGAAAGUAUUUGUCAACCUGUGGAGAUGAAAUGCUGGAAAAAGAAAACCAAGGGAAACAUUACAUCCUAGGAACACAUUGUUAAAGAGGAAAUAAUUGUGAACUAAAUCGGUUAUAAAGGUUUGACCACGUUUGACUACCGAAGUUGAAAGGUCACAUCACACGAUUUACAUGACUUGUAGCAUUUGAUUCUUCCAAGCCAAAGAUUGAAUGAAAACAUUGAACUUCCCACUCACUAGGCACAGCGUUUAACGAGUGCCCAGCAGAUACCGAGUUCAACUGAUUGAUAUUUCAACACCAUUAUACCUGUCAUAUGAUUAAUCAAGUGUCAUUUAAAGCUUUGCCUCUUAGCUUGUUACAAAAUAUUGUACAAAUAUUUAUAUCUAUUUAUGUGUUUUUAUGUCUUACAUGCUCAUUUCUAUUUGUAAAUUUAAAAAAAAAACUCAUACAUUCUAAUAUCUGAGAAUCGGCCUGAGCUUGUAACCCUUCAUGUAAUGUAAGUUAUUUCAGACUUUGAUGGUUACUGUGGGAAAAGGGGAGGGGGAGGUAGAAUUAGUAGGUAAAAAAAGUAGAUUUGAUUCUUUAAAUUAAGAUGACGAAUUUAUUAGUUUCUUCUAUUUGUCAGGAUGUAACAGCUGUGUAAUAUCCGUCAAACAUGUGAAGUGAUUUAGACCUAAGUUUAUGUUCUGUUCCUUUGUCUAAAACAUGGCCAAAGAUUUGUCACAGUCCACACUGUGGUCUAGUUGGAAGUGUUCAAUCAACUGCUUUUGUAAACAGAACUUGACUCAAUCAUUCACAACUAUAAUAACACUAUAACAAACAAAACCAACUCAUACAAGCACUAUUAGAUUUAGAACAGCUACUUAAUGAUGCUUUAAAAACAGCAGAUUAAAGGAUGCCAACGUGAAAACACAGAUCAAACGUUAAGUUGGACUUGGAAGAAGGUUGGACUCUAUUAUUGUUUUAUAUUUGUGCAGUCUUUCAUACAGUCUUGUCUUUUAUUAAAAACGUGUGUGUCUGUGUGUGUGUGUGAUUAUGUGUACGUGUAUAUUUCUCAGAGAAGAGUGAGCGGCUAAAACCCUUUAAAAAAAAUCUUUCUGUACAUUCUAAUGUAAAUGCUGUAUGGCGAAAUCAACUUGUUUUGAGUGAAAAUCAAUCUGUUGAGACUAUACAAUGUGCUCUAAGGUUUCACACCUUGUACUUCGGCAUGGCUAGUUCUGUCAUCAAGAAAUAAAAAUAGACUCUUUUUGUCAGGUUUUUGAGAUUAUCGAAGUUCUUAUCCUAUUGACCACAAGCACAAUGGAUUGGCGCUUUCUAGAGAACAUUUUAAAAUGGUCAUUCAAAAGCUCCGUUUUAUUAGAAUACAUCUAAUUAAUGUCCAUGUUUCACUGCUGAUCAGUAUACACAGUGUCACAUACAAAACUCCUCUUCGGCCAGAACUAUCAGGGUGUACGUCUGAGAUCUGGGGGGCUAAAGAGAGUGAACACGUGACGUGUCCUACAUCUUCUUCACACAAACUCCACGCUAGUUUUUUUUUUUUUUACAGUCGUCAAAAAAAAAAAAUCCUCCCUAAUACAAAUAUAUACAUAUGAUCCUAAAACUUUAAUGCUAGCUUGUCAAGUUCUUUAUCCAAGGGAAUUAACUACUUAUAAUGUAAUCAAGGAAUUGUUCUACUAACAAGAAAUAAAGGGCCGAAACUGAAACUUAUGUUUGUAUACACAAGUGAAACCUGCCUGACCGCACCCUUUUUGUAGAGUGUAACAGAACUUAUUGGCCUCAUACUCUAGUACAAUGUAUAUAAAGAAUAGAGUGGUAGAUCCCAGGCAUUUAAACAAUAGCAAAUUAAAAAAGAAAGUGUAGCUUUCACAAAUUUAAUAAAAUAAACCUAACACAAUUUAUUGCCUCAUAAAAACCACCCAGGAUGUCGUAAGCCUAUUUAGAGGCAGUGGCACUAUGAAAUACAUUGCAUAAAAGUAAUCUGUACAACAAGAAAAACAGUUCAAAAUACAUUUUUAAAUAGACAAUACCUCCGUUGGCGUCUCUGUUUAUAAUGAAAUGUUUUUAAAAAAUUAAAUGUAAAAAAUAUCUGGUUCUAAUCGGGUCUAGAAGCCCUGAUUUUUCCACAGUCAGCUGUUAGAAUGACCUAUGCGACCAAUUCGGCCAGCGGGCUAUGCAUACUUGUGCAAAUAUUUAUUGGUAUUUUCAUUAUAUGGACAUCUAGCUAAUGACCGAAACUCUAUACACUUAGACAUCUUAUUUCGAACUCUUUAGAUCUAGAAUCUGGAUGACAUCUACAUUAGAUCUACACACAAAUAUCAGCAAAGCUUAAGGUAAUCUUUCAAUAAAUGUAAAGCAACUUUACCCUUGACUCUAUUAUCGAUACACUACAGCUGACUACGCAAUUUUUUUAUUCAAUAAUUCCAAUACAUACGAAAUUCCCAAACGCGAUAAACCUUUCAAGAACGCGACAGUCUUUUCCAAACCUAUAUUGGCUCUAGAUCUAAGUGAAGCUCUCAAGCCAAAUUUACAUUUCCUUAUUGUUUUACUCUGAAAAAUAACGGUCAAACAAAGUUUUCCCCAUGUGGCCAACGAACUAGAAAAUAUUUUCUCAGCGAUAGACAUAAACUGUUAAACUUUUAGGAAAAUCAUUCCAGCCGCUUUUGAGAUACGCGACGCGUCCAGGUUCCAUGCAGUUUCCUGGAGGUUUCAUGAGGUUCUGACUUAAAUAGAUGUAUUUUAAAAAUAAAAUUGUGCCUAUGUUUGUGGAUCGCCAGUAAAGAAACUAACAUACCAGAUUGUUUACACUUUGACGCUCAAAACUUGACGUAUGUUCUAUAUCGCUUUCUUAGCUUCUCUUGGAUUAUAAGUUAGAAAGAUUUGGAUAGAUUUUUUUUGGCAAGGUUUGAAUCGGAAACUUCAAAAUAAUGUCGGCUCAAAUGUCUUACUAUUCUGCCAUCACCGAGAAUCAAAUUCUUCUUUUUUUUUUAAAUAAAAAAUCGAACAACUUAAAAUGAUCUGAAAAUGAUCUGAAAAUAUAUUAUAUGACUUUAUGGAAAACAAACAAAAAAAUACGACAACAAUAAUAGAUGACCAGGUAUACAUUGUUUAUUGAGAAUCUAAAGUUUAUGUAACCUAGAGGUCUGUAAUUACAAUUAUUUCACGCUUUUAAAAAUUGCAUUAUGUUAAUAUUUAUGUCUCUUGUAUAUAACAGUGGUGCGCAGGCGCACUUACUCUGUGUUGUGACAAAGAAAUGUACAUCAAUUAUCGAACGCACUAUCCUAAAUAAGAUUAUUAUCUGUUUCAUUGAAUGAUUCGUAUGUGCAAUUUAUUUUUGGAUGACUUUAAACCAAAAUAUUUGCUUCUAUAUUUCUAAUAUACUUCCAGACUUUUUCAAUGUUCUAUCAAGUGACUUGUCAGAUGUUUCAUCAGCUUCAACUCUUAUAUAUAAUUUGAUCCAAUCAUUUGUCACAUUUUAUGUCAUCUAAAUAUUAAACAUAUUUAAACUCAUUUACAUAGCUACAAAUUAUUUAGCUUUAAAAUAAUGACUAAUAUAAUGAUAAUUAGAGAUACAAAGUUAGGUUCCUGGAAUACAUACUCUUAGGAUGCGAUAUAUUUAAUCUUCGUAGGACAGAACUGAGUGGAACUUUCUCUCAUUAGCUAGAGUAAAUUUGUAAAACAUGCUGUCUUCAUAUUACCACCUAGCUAUAUAAAGUAAACUAGUUUAAUGUUCUCUAAGAGUUGUGAUUUGUUUCAAUCAUGCCCAUACAGAUCUAGUUGUUGACAAAAGUCCUUGAAGUUAUUUGGAUUUAAAUAGUAGAAAAAAAAUGUCUACCUUUAGCUCUUCAGUUUCUAUGUCUACCUUUAGCUCUUCAGUUUCUAUGGCUGACAGUUAACGAUGGUCUCCUAUGGCCAGCACAACCACCUUUACUCCCCCCCCCCCAAUUAAAAUAUGGAAGGAAUGGACGUCUCAAGGUCUUGAAAAUAAAGAUCGGAUUCUUCAUCAGAUUCGAACUCGUGAACUUAUGGAUCCUAAACCAAUGGACCUGUCUCUCGACCACCUUUCUACCACACCCAGCUCUACUAUUGGACUGUUACAAAAUGUUUUUGAGAUAAGACAUCUAGAAAUCUUAUGUGAUAGACCAUGUAUAACUCUAAAAACUGCUUAUAUGCUCAUAAUGGUAGAUACAUAUAUAUAUAUAUAUACUUUUUUUUAUCUAAACUAGAAGUGUGGUGAUGUACAUUUGUGGAUCCUUGGGGACUCGACUUGCCAAUAAUAAAUGCAAGAAAAUGAACUGGCGUACAUACCAAAAAUAACUUGUGUUAGCUAGAUGGAGUUAAUAGACUUGAUUUACAAAAUCAUUAGGAUCCAUUCAUGGAUAUCAAAUAGUAUAGGAUCUAUAUUUAGAAAGAAAAUGGAAACUUGCAAUUCAAGUAUUUGUCUCCCAUGAGCCUUCCGUACAAACAAUAUAAACCUCAAUGUUUACAUUUUGUUUUCUGUACUAUUCUGUAUGGUUACAUCUUUUCUUUGCACAGUUUAAGAAAAAAUAUUUUGGAUGUCAUUCGAGUUUAUUCCACAUUUAAUUCGGUCUGUGAUACAAUCCUCUGAUUACUGUAUACAAUCUUUGACAAAUCCAAAUGUUUAUGUUCAAUGUACUUUGUCUGACAAUAAAUGGAUCAUUUUAUUUUGA